AUAGUUGCCAACCUUGCGCUGGUAAAAAUCAAUUUUGCUGUUAAUUUAUCUCCGAAAUCAAUACAACACGUGCCCCCAUAUUGGGGCUUUUUAUGCAUUAUUAUACCGUCGUUUAAACUGUGUACGUGUUGUGUCUUGCACCGUGCUUAAGUAAAUGUUAAUGAUUUGGGUGCAAUAACAUUCGAAACGUAAAGUGUACAAUUGUUGACAUUUGUAAUUUGGUUGGAGAAGGUGGAAGAAAAAUCUCUUGGUCUUGAAAAAGUGGCUUGAAUUGGUCAAACUGGAGCGUUUACCGGAAUAUCUCCGCGAUACCGUGGAUUGGUUCAUGGGAAAAGCGAGACGUAAGGAAAAAGAAGGAAAUGAAUCGGCAUCAUCUAGCGAUUCGAAGCUAUAUCUAGAGGCUACAGUGCUUGAAAGAAAACUUCCUGAUAUGGAUAUGAGGCUUUUGGUUGAUUUGCCUGCGGGGUUAGACUAUAAUGAAUGGUUGGCAUCACAUACGAUGGCUCUUUUUGAUCAUGUAAAUUUAGUUUAUGGUACAAUUAGUGAAUUUUGCACCCAAUCUGGUUGUCCAGAUAUGACUGGUCCUGGUCAAAGGACUUACCUAUGGUUUGACGAAAAAGGGAAGAAAACACGAGUGGCCGCACCACAAUAUAUAGACUAUGUGAUGACAUUUAUUCAGAAAACUAUAACAGAUGAGAAUAUUUUUCCAACAAAAUAUGCUAAUGAAUUUCCUUCAUCAUUCGAGUCAAUAGUGCGAAAAAUCGUCCGUUUGUUAUUUCACGUUGUGGCCCAUUUAUAUUCGGCCCAUUUCAAAGAAGUGGUAAUGUUAGGUUUGCAUGCGCAUUUAAAUCUAACAUUCGCACAUAUGACGGCACUUCAGCAUCGUUUCUCUUUAAUCGAAUCCAAAGAAACAGAAGUAUUGAAAGAUUUGGAAAUUGCACUUCGAUUGACUGAAGAUCACGAAUCAGCGAAUAAUAACGAGAGAGGUGAAACAUCAACAGAAAGUGAAGUUAAGACACAUUUAGAUGACACAGCAUGUGGGGACAAUAAAUCGUAGUUUGCCAUGGGGGUGAAUUAGAGAGCUGAGACGAGUCCCAACCAAAAAAUAUAAAAUAAAUUUUUGAACCACUUAGCUCAUGUGAUUAUGACACAACAGUGACUUGGUUUUUAUUUCAAUUAUUUUUCGUUUUUAGCGCACAUUUUAUUUAUUGUUUUAUUUUUUAUUUAUAUAUAGUGUAAAUAUUACUUCCAGUUGAUGAUUUUGUCAAGUAGAGGCUGUACUUAAUUUUUGAUUUGUUCCAACACAUUUCAAAUAAAUGUCAAUCGACUAUUUCAUAUUCUAUGCAAUUGUUUUUUGUUGUGAUCGAUUAAGAGGCAUUUCAAUUACUUUCUGUACAGUGUUAAAAUUGUUCCUGAAGCUGAUUGUAUAUAAAAUGUAUAAUGAAUUUUAGUUUGUUAUUUAUUAGAUUCUGUAAUGGCUAUAGAAAAUAGCAUUUGUUGAAAUUGAUAAAUAAUAAAAUCACCUAAUGUUACAAAGAACUUGGUUUUAUUUUUACCCUAAACUAAAUGAAAUGGCGCCCUCUAGGUAUGUGUCAAGGUUAAAUUGAUUAAAGUCGACCGUAACUAGAUUAGUUGAUGUUUUUAAGUGAUGUUUUGUGGAUGAUUAAAUUAAAAAACACGUAGUGAUAAAUAUAUUUUAAUUCUGAAUAAGAUUUCUAUUAUUUGAGGUCAAAGUUAAGUGAUAUCUAUUUAGAGAUAAGCACACUACAAACAGCAGAAAAAUUUAGUUUUUAGUGUUGAAUAUUAAAUUUUUACAAUAACAAGUAGCAAAGUAUAAGGAAAUCUUUCUCACAAUGACAACAAACUCACAAAAUAUGGGUCAUUCUACUAUCAACAUGUUAUUAACCAUGAUUGCGUUUAUCGUAGUCGUAUUAUCCUUAUCUCUAGCUUAUCUCAAGGAAGGACCAUCAAACUUAUCAUGUAGUUUUGCCUACUACACCCUGUACCUACUUUUCACAGCCUUCUUAGCAGUGUUGCCAUUCGGAGGCCCGAAAGUGCCAAAAGACACAAACCGACAAGAAUUUCAUGUUUUAACAGGAGGUCUUAGUUUAGUUUCUUGUUUGCUCGUUUUAUUCACUUUGGAAGUGUUUGGCGUCAAAAUUCUAAAUUUUAUUACUGGAAAUUUGUUUGAUUUGACAAUUUCUGCACUUUUGACGGGGCUUUUCCUCACAUUUUAUGUCCAUUUGAGGAGCUAUUUUUUACCGACUGAGUGUUUGAAUCCUAAAGUAAUUGGGAAAAAUGCAAUUGAAAGUCUUUUCCUUGGACGAGAGGUGAGACCACAAUUGUUUGGACGUCUUGACUUGAAAAUAUAUUUUAACAGAAUUGCCAUACUGACAAUGGUGCUACUUGAUUGUGGGUUUCUUUGCGAAAAUACAAAAAAUAAAACCUUGCUUGUUUUGAGUACAAUUAAGUUUGUUUACUUUAUCGAUGGUCUGUUGAUGGAAUACACUUACGAAACUUCGAUGGAAGUGCGACAAGUUGGUUUUGGGUUUGGUUGUGGGGUUGGUAAUUUUGUUUACCCAUUUUUGAUGAGUGUAUUGACAAAAUACCAAAUCUCCACCAAUCUUCAAUUUGAGAAUUGGCGACUUUUUCUUACUUGUGUCGUUUUCACAAUUGGUUACCUCAUCUAUCGUGUUAGCAACAAUCAGAAGUACAAUUUUAGGGAAAAUCCUGGGGCAAAAGGUUUCAAAUCGAUUCCGACUGGUGUUAAAAACAAGAAACUGCUAUGUUCAGGAUUGUGGGGAAUUGUACGUCAUCCCAAUUAUUUGGGGGAUAUUUUAGUUCACUGGUCGUUCACUGGCUUUAUGUUGUGUGUGCCAGGAUUUAUGAUCUAUUUCGAUAUUUUGUUUAUGAUUGAUCGUUCAAGUCGGGAUAAUAUGAAUUGUAAGGAGAAAUAUGGUAAAGUUUGGGACCAAUAUUGCGAUGAAGUGAAAUAUAUUCUUGUACCUUGGAUUUAUUAAAGAAUAAACAAUUUUUCAAUGUA